CCUCUCUCUCUUGCUCUCGCGAACAGAGUACUCCCUCCCCUGCCUGUGUCUAGGUUAUCAAUUAUGUGUGUGUGUGGUAGUUAGUCUAGUCGAUAUCCAUGGGCUCUUCCCAGCUGGCUGCCGUGCUGGCGGAGAAGGGCCUCUGGGCGGUGGCACCGAUCUUGCCGAUGUCGAACUCGGCGAACAGCGGGUAAUGGUCAGACGGAUUCCUGAUAUAUGGAUGGGUGGAUGGAUGGACAGGCACCACACAGCCACACACACAUAGAGCAGCACAUGGAUGAGUGCGGCUGUGCAUGACCCUGCCUGCCUGCCUGCCUGCCUGCCCCACUCACUCCUGAUUGUGAUGGUCUUUGCCGAAGUUGGCGUGGAUGUAUGGGAGACCCUUCUUGGCGGCCUCGUCGUUGAGGAUCUCGAACCGCGUCACGGCGUGGUACAGGUUCCGCGACACCAGCAUGUGGUCCAGCUGAGAUCUUCUCUGAACAUACACACACACACACACACAGUCACAUCCACGUGUGCGGGUGUUUAGUGUUGUGCCUUUGUCUGCUGUCUGUCUUUCCCUCCUUCAUGGAAGCAGACAUAAAUACCUGGCGCCAAAUGUAUGUGUAUCGCUCCUGCUGGGGGAUCUUCGGAGUGAGAGACCACAUCUGCUUGUUGGUGCCCUUACGCUUCCUGCACAGACACACACCCACACACACAAAGGCGGCCAGGCAGGCAGGUUAAUGGAGGGAUGGAUGGAGACACGUACGUAUUGCAUUGAAUGGCGCGUCUCUCUCUCUCUGUGUUGCGCUGCACGCAUUAACACGGACGUACGCACCCGUUGGCCCCAUAGCGAAUGAUCUGGAACACCCAGCUGGCGGCCCAGUCCUUCUGCAGGUCUUCCCUUUUUGUUGACAAAGGCAGACACAACACACCAGAGCCUCCCGACCUCAUUCCUCCCUCCCUCCCUCCCUCCCUCCCUCGCUCCCUUACGAUAUUUCGAGUUCGCCGGAUCGCUCGUCGAGUUCAAAGUAGUCUUCCGGGUUGUAUCCGACCUUUACGGUUGGGCUGGUGGCGUUGAAGCCGCUGGUGGGGAUCUGCAGCGGGUGGGCCGUGCCCUUGGGGUCGUGAAUGUGGCGGGCAUCGCGCGUCUCCUCCGCCUGGUCGUCGAAAUCGUUGAAGUCACCCUGCAUGAGCGAAUAGAGGACAACACGGCAUUCGUGUGUGUCCGUACGGAUGUCUUUGUGUGUGUAGUGCGUGUGUGUGUGUGUGUGAGUGGUGGCCUCACCACCAGGAUGAUCUCGUGAUGGUCUGGUAUCUCCUUCCUGUGGCCAUGGCCGGGAGGAAGCCGUGAGACAUCAACAGAAUUAAAGCAGACCGGCACAUCAAUGGAGAUGUGUGCGGUGCGUUGUAUGUGUGUGCAGGUCUGUGUGUGGACGUCCCGUCACACGCACUCGAUGAUUUCGUCGAGUAUGCGGGCCUCCACCUCUCGAUACAUGCAGGAGUUGGAGUCUGCAGAACACACACGAGAAAACCUCUCUCCCUCCCUCCCUCCCUCUGUGUGUGUGUGUGUGUUUGUGUGUGUGGUUACGCGAUGGGAUGGACUUGAGGUGGAUGUUGAUGACCGAGAUCAUCUGGCCGUUGACGUUGAUGUCCAUCCGGGCGUAUUUGUUGAGGGCGAUCCCCUCGGGUAUCUUGCUGUAGUCGUAGUCCUUCCCACGCUCCACGCCCUUGUACUUCUGACACAUCGGGUUCUGUGUGACGGGGAAUCCGCCCGGCUUUAUCCCGUCAAGCCUGCAGACACACACACAUCCACACAGACAUGUGACGUGGAUGUGCUGUGGUGGGAUGAGCUGGGGGGCGUGUGUGUGUGGUGGUGGGGAGGGUGUGUUGUUACUUGGUGACGAGGUCUUUGGUAGGUCUGAUGCGCGAUGCGAAGCCGACCUGCUGGUUGCUGCGGAAGUCGCCACCCUGCGUAGCGAGCGGCAAGAGAGAUUAGAUGUGCGCUGUGGUACUUCGUGUACCUGGAUAUGGAACGGAUCGAAGCCAAUUUGGUCCAAACCAGAGUAGGCCAGCACAUCCGACAGACUGCGACACCCAUCCAGCUGCAGAAACACAGACAGACAGACAGACAGACAGAUGGAUAGAGAGAGAGAGAGUGCACCUCUCCGUUCCAUCCGUUUCUCCCUCGCCAUGGACGGCUUACCUCCGAGAAAGUGACCAGGUCGAACCCGAGUUGGGUGUAGAAGUAGUUGAGCCAUCGACUCACGUCGUUGAUGCGCUUCCACUGGCGCAUGCAGCCGUCGUGCGCAUCACCUUCUACGAACUCGAGGCUAGCGGCGCUCUUGCACGACGGCAUGAAUUUGGUCUCCGGGCGCUCCCCGUUGGCCACUCCGCCGAGAGCCUCGGACAAGGGUCGCGUGACGCACUCGGUGACGUCCGGCGACCAGUCCUCGGGGCACUGCAUCACCCUCGCGAGUUGUUGCUCGGGCAACGUCUGCCACUUAGCGCGGCGGGACAGCGGAGAAAACAGCCACUCGACAUUCUGAAACGCACUCGCAAGGAAGCAGACAGGCACCAAAUACCUACCAACCAGUCGGCUCAGAUCCAUCCAUCCAUCCAUCCAUGCAAACCGCCCCAAUCCACCCACUCACCCAGUGGAAGAGCCGAAGGAUGUUAUCCGUCUUGCCGCCGGACCUGCCGCGCUUCUUGUUGGCGAGUGGGCAGUCCUCUUUGGGCGGCCGCGGGGUCGCGCCCACGACGGGCUGAUUUUCGUCAUAGCUGUGCUCCGCGAUGUGCCGGACAGCGUCCAUGCCCGUGUCGAUGAGGCUGCUGGCACCGUCGUCCAUGAGCACCUCGGCCGUCUGCAGCGGCCUCUCUAACAGAUCUACCGGCAGACCUGCACACACCACAUCAAGAAGGGAAGGAUGCAUCAGCCAAGCCCACCUCAGCCCACCAUGGCUAUCCAUGCCAUCGUGUCGGCCAACACAGAUACGGAGGGGCGGCCCACACCUGCAUCCAGCCAUCCAUCCAUGCGAUACAUCUCUAUGUGUCCUUCAUCUCCAUCCAUCUGCCAUUUCAUUUCCCUCACCCCAGUCGUUGGUUUCGCAGUCGGCACCGCGGCACUCCUCGGCAACGGUGGCCAGAAGAGAGGGCAGGGCCAGCAAAACCAACAAAAACGCUAUCAUUCUUGUUGAUGAUGAUAUCUCG